AUGUCUUCCAGCUUAUCUCCGCCGCCCGCCGGAACACAAAUGUCGGCCUCGCCUGUCCUGGAGGGAAUAGCUGCCGUCGUGGGCGAGGAGGUCUUGUACGGUACCAGCUACAGGAACCGGGCGAUGAGCAUCAACAGCACACGCGCCGCCGCCGACGGCCCCCAGCACCACCCGGCGGCGAGGAGCUUCCGAGGGGUGAGGAAGCGGGCGUGGGGUCGCUGGUCGGCGGAGAUACGGGACAGGAUAGGGCGGUGCCGCCACUGGCUGGGGACGUUCGACACGGCGGAGGAGGCGGCGCGUGCCUACGACUCCGCCGCUCGCAAGCUGAGAGGAGCCAAGGCCAAGACCAACUUCGACAUCCCUUCCGUCAUCCCCGCACCGUUAGUCCCCUCCCCGGCUGCCGUCACCGCGCCGACCAAGAUCAGGAAGCGGAACAGCAAGAACCGCGGCGCUGGCAAUCACAGCAGCAACAAUGACAACAACAACAACAACAACAACAAGUGCGCGGUGGUGACGUCAACUGCUCAGCUGUUCGGUAGCAGCAGCUGUGGCGGUAAUAGUCAUCAUGACGUCAUGACCAGCUCUGCCGGCGGCGGCGGAGGUGGUAAUAGUGGUGGAAACAUGAUUAGUGGUACGGUGGAGCUGGAGCUGAAGUUGGGAUUAGGUGGUCAAGUAGGGUUUCGUUGGUAUGAUCUCUAA